AUGCAGAUGGCAGCGGGGCUGUCGCAGGAAGUGGGCUGCCGCCUGUCACCUCUAAGGCUGGCUCCUGUGUAUCACCCUCGCUGCGGACCCUGUGAGGUCACAGACGUCCCAGGCAAGGCUGCGGCCUGCUUGGGAGGCGCUUUUUCCCUCUUCCGUCCGGCGCUUCUCGGAUACCGCAAAGCCGGCUGCAAGCGCUGGAAGCAAGCGGUUCAUUUCUGCGGCAGACAUGGCCGCCGGCUCCGCAGCUCUGUCACGAGGGCUUUCCUGACUUCUUCCUCGACCUUGGCUCACAUCCCAGCCCCGAGCUCCUGGUGA